ACGAUGCCGGUGCGGCGGGGGCACGUCGCCCCCCAGAACACCUUCCUGGACACCAUCAUCCGCAAGUUCGAGGGGCAGAGCCGCAAGUUCAUCAUCGGGAACGCGCGAGUGGAGAACUGCGCCGUGAUCUACUGCAACGAGGGCUUCUGCCGGCUCUGCGGGUACUCGCGGGCCGAGGUGAUGCAGCAGCCCAGCACCUGCGACUUCCUGCACGGGCCCCGCACGCAGCGCCGCGCCGCCGCCCAGAUCGCCCAGGCGCUGCUGGGCGCCGAGGAGCGCAAGGUGGAGAUCUGCUUCUACCGCAAGGAUGGCAGCUCCUUCCCGUGCCUGGUGGACGUGGUGCCAGUGAAGAACGAGGAUGGCACCGUCAUCAUGUUCAUCCUCAACUUCGAGGCCGUGAGGGAGCCUGAGCCCGGGGAGGCCCCGACCCCCAGCACCAACCACUGGGUCACCCCAGCCCCCUGGGGCCCUGCAGGGCGCAGCCGGUCCCUGCGGCUGAAGCUGCUGGCGCUCACGGGCAGCCGCCAGUCGCUGCCCCCCGAGCCCCCGGAGCCGCCGGACGUGGUGGUCGUGGACCCGGGGGUCACGGACCCUCUGGCCCCGGAGCCGGCCCCGGCUGCCAGCGACUCGGGCCCCGAGGACGCCUCCUCCUCGCUGGAGCCCGGGGCCGGGGACCGUCCCGAGGACGAGGCGGCGCUGAUGGGGGACCCCGAGCCGCCGGUGACGCAGUCGUCGCCGCGGGCCGAGCGCCUGGCGCUGGCCUUCGCCAACCACAGCCUGGCCAGGAGCCGGUCCCGGGAGCGCCGGUCCCGGGAGAGCCUCCGCAGCCUGCGCCGGGCGUCGUCCGUCGAUGACAUCGAGGCCAUGAAGGGUGACGGAGACAAGCGCUGCCACAGCCGCCACGCCAGCGCCAGCGCCGGCCUGCACCGCGGCUCCAGCACCGGCGCGGUGGCCGCCGUGCGCAGCGUGCUGCUCAACUCCACGUCGGACUCGGACCUGGCGCGGUUCCGGGCCAUCGGCCGCAUCCCCCAGAUCACCCUCAACUUCAUGGACCUGCAGCCGGGGGGGCUCCUGGCACCGCCCCCGGCCCCCCGGCCCAUCAUCGCCCCCACCAAACUGCGCGACCGCACCCACAACGUCACCGAGAAGGUCACACAGGUGCUGUCCCUGGGUGCCGACGUGCUCCCCGAGUACAAGCUGCAGGCGCCGCGCAUCCACCGCUGGACCAUCCUGCACUACAGCCCCUUCAAGGCCGUGUGGGACUGGCUGAUCCUGCUGCUGGUCAUCUACACGGCCAUCUUCACGCCCUACUCGGCCGCCUUCCUGCUCAGCGACUCGGAGGAGGCGCAGCGCCACCACUGCGGCUACUCCUGCAGCCCGCUCAACGUGGUGGACCUCAUCGUGGACAUCAUGUUCAUCAUCGACAUCCUCAUCAACUUCCGCACCACCUACGUCAACUCCAACGAGGAGGUGGUCAGCCACCCCGCCAAGAUCGCCAUCCACUACUUCAAGGGUUGGUUCCUCAUCGACAUGGUGGCCGCCAUCCCCUUCGACCUGCUCAUCUUCGGCUCCGGCUCCGAGGAGACCACGACGCUGAUCGGGCUGCUGAAGACGGCGCGGCUGCUGCGGCUGGUGCGGGUGGCGCGGAAGCUGGACCGCUACUCGGAGUACGGCGCGGCCGUGCUCUUCCUGCUGAUGUGCACCUUCGCGCUGAUCGCCCACUGGCUGGCCUGCAUCUGGUACGCCAUCGGCAACGUGGAGGGGCAGCGCACGGGCUGGCUGCACGCGCUGGGACAGCAGAUCGGCAAGCCCCUGAACGGCAGCUUCGGGCCCUCCAUCAAGGACAAGUACGUCACGGCGCUCUACUUCACCUUCAGCAGCCUCACCAGCGUGGGCUUCGGCAACGUGUCCCCCAACACCAACUCCGAGAAGAUCUUCUCCAUCUGCGUCAUGCUGAUCGGAUCGCUGAUGUACGCCAGCAUCUUCGGGAACGUGUCGGCCAUCAUCCAGCGGCUGUACUCGGGCACGGCGCGCUACCACACGCAGAUGCUGCGGGUGCGCGAGUUCAUCCGCUUCCACCAGAUCCCCAACCCCCUGCGCCAGCGCCUCGAGGAGUACUUCCAGCACGCCUGGUCCUACACCAACGGCAUCGACAUGAACGCGGUGCUGAAGGGGUUCCCCGAGUGCCUGCAGGCCGACAUCUGCCUGCACCUGAACCGCAGCCUGCUGCAGAACUGUGCCCCGUUCCGGGGCGCCACCAAGGGCUGCCUGCGGGCGCUGGCCAUGAAGUUCAAGACGACACACGCUCCCCCCGGGGACACGCUGGUGCACGCCGGGGACGUGCUCACCGCGCUCUACUUCAUCUCCCGCGGCUCCAUCGAGAUCCUGCGCGGCGACGUCGUGGUCGCCAUCCUGGGUAAGAACGACACCUUCGGGGAGCCGCUGCACCUGCACGCCCGGCCCGGGAAGUCGCGGGCGGACGUUCGGGCGCUCACCUACUGCGACCUGCACAAGAUCCUGCGGGAGGACCUGCUCGAGGUGCUCGACAUGUACCCCGAGUUCUCCGACCGCUUCUGGGGCACCCUCGAGAUCACCUUCAACCUGCGCGACCAUCCUCACGCCUGUGCCGAGCAUCCCCACGCCUGUACGGAGCAUCCUCACGCCUGUGAGCGACCCCACACCUGCGGGCAGCCCCACGCCUGCACCAAGCGGCCCCACGCGUGUGAGCAGCCCCACGCCUGCGCCGAGUGUCCCCGCGGCUGUGCCGAGCAUCCUCGCACCUGUGCCGAGCAUCCCCACCCCUGCGCCGAGCGGCCUCACCCCUGCGAGCGGCCCCACGGCUGCGCCGAGCAGCCCCACGCGUGUGCCGAGUGUCCCCACGCGUGUGCCGAGUGUCCCCACGGCUGCGCCGAGCGGCCCCACGCGUGCGCCGAGUGCGGGAAGCGCUUCCGGCAGAAGGUGAACCUGGCCGUGCACCUGCGGACGCACACCGGGGAGCGGCCGUUCCGCUGCGCCGACUGCGGCAAGGGCUUCAGCCAGAAGGCUCACCUGCUGCGGCACCGCCGCACCCACGGCGCCGGCCUGGCCCCGCCCUGCGCCGCCGGCGACCCGCUGGGCAAGGGCCCCGAGCCCCCCGCGCUGCUGCUGCCGCCCUGCUCCCGCGGGCCCCCCCCGGCGCGCCCCGACAGCCCCUCGGGCGCCGCCGACAUCCUCCUGCAGCUGAUGCAGGACGAGCCCCCGCCCGGCCCCGGCACCGCCCCGGCCCCGGUGCCUCCCUGCAAGUGCCCCGGGGGGGGCCUGAGCCCCCGGGCGCCGGGGCUGCCGCCGCCGUGCUGCUGCGCCGCCUGCCUGGCCCCCCGCCCUCCCGAGCCCCCCCGCGGGCAGCUCUGGGCCAAGGCCGGGGGCUGCGCCCGCGCCUUCGAGGAGAAGCGAGUGCCGGGAGCGCCGGAGCGCGACUGCGGCGAGGAGAAACCGGCCCCGUGCCCCGGCUGCCUGUGA